AUGUCGCCAUCAGCUGUACCUUCAACGGAGUUCGCUCAAGGUGCGAUGUCGAAGAUUGAACAACUUAAACAAAAAAUAUUGCCAACUACCGAUGAAGUAGAUCAGAGGGAUUCUGUAGUGGAAAAGCAAAAAGAAUCAGCUCGUGAAUAUGAGCAUCUGACUAGUGUUCCUGUGGUUAAGCAGAGACCAAUAACUGAUCGGUUGCAAAAAGAAUUAGCAGCACAUUAUUCUCCUCAUUUGGAUGGUAUUGAUGAAUAUAACCGUUUGUACAAGCAGUCCAUCCAGGAUCCUGCCAAGUUUUUUGGCGAUAGGGCUCGUUCUUUCUUGAAUUGGACUAAUGAUUUUGACCAGGUUUUUGUUCCUGAUCCAGUCACUGGUAAACCUUCGUUUGAGAACAAUGCUUGGUUCCUCAAUGGUCGGUUGAAUGCUUGUUACAACUGUGUGGAUAGACAUGCUCUUUCUACUCCCAACAAGACUGCUAUCAUUUACGAGGGUGAUGAGCCCGGGCAGGGAUAUAGCCUAACUUACAGGCAACUCUUGGAAGAAGUUUGUAAAGUGGCACAGGUUUUAUACCAUUCCAUGGGGGUUCGUAAGGGUGAUACGGUAGCAGUGUACAUGCCCAUGAUUCCACAGGCAUUGGUUACAUUGUUGGCUAUCACUCGUAUUGGUGCGGUGCACUCUGUGAUCUUUGCUGGGUUUUCUUCGAACUCAUUGCGUGAUCGUAUCAAUGAUGCGGACUCUAGAGUCGUAAUUACCACCGAUGAGUCCAAGAGAGGUGGUAAGAUCGUCGAAACAAAGAGAAUUGUUGACGAUGCAUUGAAAGAAGCUCCAGGGGUGAGAAACGUGCUAGUGUACAAGCGUACAAACAAUCCAAGCGUUAGCUAUCACAGUUCAAGGGACUUGGAUUGGGACAACGAAGUGAAAAAGUACAAGGGAUAUUAUCCUUGUGAACCAGUGGACUCCGAGCACCCAUUGUUCUUGUUGUACACUUCUGGGUCUACAGGAGCACCAAAGGGUGUUCAACACUCGACGGCAGGCUAUUUGCUAGGCGCCCUAUUGACUAUGCGUUACACUUUUGAUGUGCAUCAACCAGACGUUUUCUUCACCGCUGGUGAUAUCGGUUGGAUUACAGGUCACACUUACGUGGUUUACGGUCCUUUAUUGUACGGUUGUACUACGCUAGUGUUCGAAGGUACUCCUGCUUAUCCAAAUUUCUCCCGUUAUUGGGAUAUCAUUGACAAGUACCAGGUCACGCAGUUCUAUGUCGCACCAACGGCUUUACGUUUGCUGAAGAGGGCUGGUGAUUCAUAUUUGGACGGUUACUCUUUGAAGUCCUUACGUUGCUUGGGGUCUGUCGGUGAACCUAUCGCUGCAGAAGUUUGGGAAUGGUUUUCUCAAAAAAUUGGUAAGAGUCAAAUUCCAUUGGUCGAUACUUACUGGCAAACUGAGUCUGGUUCGCAUUUGGUUACACCCAUGGCCGGCGGUGUCACUCCAAUGAAACCGGGUUCUGCGUCUUUCCCAUUCUUCGGUAUCGAAACUGCUAUUUUGGAUCCAAACAAUGGUAAAGAGAUUGUUGGUGAGCACGCGGAAGGUGUCCUUGCUAUUAAGAGUGCUUGGCCAUCAUUUGCAAGAACUAUUUGGAAGAACCAUGACAGAUAUCUGGAUACUUAUUUGAGACCUUAUAAGAACGUUUACUUCACUGGUGAUGGUGCAGCUAGGGAUAAGGACGGGUACAUUUGGAUUUUGGGUCGUGUCGAUGAUGUCGUUAACGUCUCUGGUCACCGUCUAUCCACUGCAGAGAUUGAAGCUGCCAUUAUUGAGGAUUCAAUCGUUGCAGAAUGUGCUGUCGUCGGUUUCAAUGAUGACUUGACUGGUCAAGCCGUCGCUGCCUUCGUAGUGUUGAAGAACAAGUCCAAUUGGUCAAAUGCAUCUGAGCAAGAAUUGCAAAAUAUAAAGAAACAUUUGAUCAUGACGGUGAGAAAGGAUAUUGGGCCUUUUGCUGCUCCAAAAUUAAUUGUUCUUGUUGAUGAUCUUCCAAAGACCAGAUCUGGUAAGAUUAUGAGAAGAAUUUUGAGAAAAAUUUUGGCUGGUGAAGCAGAUCAACUGGGCGAUGUCUCGACAUUAUCAAAUCCAGGUGUCGUCAGGCAUUUGAUUGAUUCCGUCAAAUUAUGA